GUACUUUUACUGACGGAAUGAUUUGGUGAUGACAGACCGGCUGCAAGACAAGUCACCAUGACCGAAGUAGAGAUCGCGCCGAGCUUUGGUGCGGAACUGAAGGAUGGCUUCAAGCCCGUUAAUGCGUGGGUCGCCGGCGGCAUCGCCUGGCUCAGCGACAUUGAGCAGUUCUACCGCGAGCGGCACGCCAUUGAGAAGGAAUACAGCCAAAAGUUGAAUGCCCUGGCCAAGAAAUACUACGAGAAGAAAUCUCGCAAGACGAGCAGCCUGAGCGUGGGCGACACUCCCACCGCGACUCCGGGCUCGUUGGAGAGUGCGUCGAUGACCACGUGGACCGUCCAGCUCACCACCCUCGAGAGCCGAGCUGCGGAGCACGAACGCUUUGCGAAUGCCUUGGUCGGACAAGUCGCCGAACCACUGAAGCAUCUGGCGGCCAAGUACGAGGACCUGCGCAAGUCCCACGCAGAUUACGCGGCCAAGCUGGAGAAGGAACGAGAUGGCAGCUAUGGGGACUUGAAGAAGAUCAAAAGCAAAUAUGACAGUGUCUGUCAGGAGGUCGAGAACAAGCGGAAGAAGACGGAGAGCGGUUUUGAUCAUGGCAAGCAGAAGGCGCAGGCGGCUUUCCAGCAACAGCAGGCCGAGAUGCGAAACAUGAAGAACACAUACUUGAUCGCAAUCAAUGUUACGAACAAGCAGAAGGAGCGGUACUACCAUGAUUAUGUUCCUGAUCUUCUCGAUUCGCUACAGUCGCUUUCUGAAGCUCGAACUUCAGCAUUGAAUGGAAUUUGGUUGAAUGCUGCUUCUCUAGAAACCCAGGCAAUGAAGAACUCGACACAAGUGCUCGACCAUUUGUCUGCAGAGAUACCGCGAAACAACCCCCUUUUGGACAGCAUGAUGUUCGUGCGACACAACGCCGGUCAGUGGCAAGAUCCGCCUGACUUCGGAUUUGAGCCCGCGCCCGUCUGGUUAGACGACGAUGUCAUGGCUUCAGAUCCCAUGAGUAAGACUUUCUUGAUGAAUAUCCUGUCCAAGUCGAAAUCAUCGUUAAGCGAGCUAAGACGAGAGUGCGAUGCAAAAAGAAAGGAGGUGGAGGGCGCGAAGCGUGUCAGGCAAGCCAUCCGCGAGGGCAAAGACAAGCGGGAUGAGGUGGAAGUCGUGCGAGCACAAUUUCAUCAACAAGAACUGCUACACGAAGCGGAACGAAAGCGAGUAACGGCAGAAGUGGAGGUCAGUACGAUCACAUCUGCAGUUGGUGAUAUCUCAGUCGGAGCUCGCAACCACAGGUUCAAGAAUCAGACGUACAAGAUACCCACAAGCUGUGAUCUAUGCGGCGAUCGACUAUGGGGCCUCAACGCCAAAGGAAUGAGCUGCGAAGACUGCGGCUACACAUGUCACACCAAAUGCGAGUUAAAAGUGCCUGCAGAUUGUCCUGGUGAGCUCAACAAGGAACAAAAGAAGUCUGCGAAGGCUUCUCGACAAGCAGCAGCGCAAGCAGCACAGGCCGCGCCACCUCCUGCGACGAGUAAUGGAGAGGGUGCGCACGACCACAAUGGUCUCCAACGGAGCGAUACCAUCGGCUCGAUGAAUACGCUCAGCUCGGGCUACGCAGCGAGCGCCACUCGCAGCGUCUCAGGCAUGACAAUCCGAUCUUCGGCAGAAGAAUCGUCAAUCACAGCCCCCACGAGUCACAAAGUCUCCUCUUCAACAGGUAGCGCCAGCAGACAUCGUGUGAUGGCACCUCCUCCCGCCGCAUACAUCAAACCCGGCGAUGAAAAUGGCUCGGGCGCGAUUCAAAAAGGCAGAAUGCUGUAUGCCUACCAGCCCAGCGGCGGAGGGGACGGUGAGAUAUCCAUUUCCGAGGGCGAAGAGUUCACUCUCGUCGAACCUGACGAUGGAUCUGGUUGGAUCAAGAUCAAGCCUCAUGCAUUCGGAUCCGAACCCGGCCUUGUGCCCGCUUCUUAUGCUGAGAUGUUCCCCUCCUCGCAUGAAGAAGAGACGACAUUACGACCCACCAGUGUGGCUGCAUCCCAUCACAGCGCUACAGGAUCUGUGACCGGAGGGAGUGAUGAUGGCGGUCGGAAGAAGAAACAAGGACCUGCUGUUGCGCCCAGAAGGAGAGGUGGAGGGAGUACUUCUGCUGCUGCUGCGAAUAAGAAACAUGUGGAAGCGCUGUAUACAUAUCAAGCUUCGGGGCCGGGGGAGGUGGACAUGGAGGAAGGGGAGAAGAUGGUUCUUGUGAAAGCAGACGAGGGGGAUGGGUGGUGCGAGGUCGAGAGUCGAGCUGGGAGGGGUAUUGUACCUGCUACUUGGGUCAAGGAGGUCUGAGUACCUACCACUGGGAGUAUCAUAUAUGGUAGGUACGUGCAGUCAUUCGAUGCACUGCCAGCGACCCUCUUGCAGCUUGAUUUUUGGUUUUUGAUUUUUGAUUUACUUGCUUGCUACAAGGUGCAAGCUGUGCAUAGCGGUGGUAGCGGUGGUAACGAUGAUAGCGGUGUCAUGUAGAAUCAAAACGAGAAACGAU